AUUAUAAGCGGACACUGCGAUUUUGCCCGGCGAGGUCGUAGCCGUGCUGCUCCGGGCGCAUGUAGCUGGGAGACACCUUGCCAGUGCUGUCGCUGAACUGGUAGUGCAGCCUGAGCAUUACUUGCGUACCGUCAGUUUUAACCUAAUCAGUCUCGCUCUCACGCAUCGCCCGCACUUACAACCAGGCCGCAAUGGAGACUGCACCGUCCUCGCUCGAGAAAAUUAGCAAAGAGGAAACCAUUCGGCUGCGGGACAUAUACAUAGGUUUCCUUUUAGGCGCCCAAGCCCUAACCACCACAAAGACCUCAACUGCUGCUGCUGCUGCUGCUGCCAGCAGCUUCCAGCACCGAUUCGACGGCAGCCCUUACCAUCGCCGCAGGUGUUUCACGGACAGAUAUCCCGCUCAGCUGCUUGCAGUGUCCCUAACAUGGGAGCGAGAGCUAGAGGCACUCUUUGUAGCACUAGCACAUGGUGGACAGGUGGACAAAGGACUGAUGCAGAGUGCAUGCACUCUAGGCUGACUGAAACAGCCCAAGGCAGGCGCAGUGCUCUGUCAACCAGCCAUGCCCCGUGGCCAGAGGAGACCAGCUCGGACUACACGGGGGAACUCUCGUGUGCAAUGAACUUGGAGAUAGGUCUAGCCCCAGCUUCCUUGUGCUCAGAUCUCUUGCAAUGGCUAGAGAUUCACCCUGAGAAAAAAAGGAAGUCGUGCACUGUCUUCUUCAAGAGCAACGGGCCCCUGAAGAUAGUGCGUGGCCAGGGCCAGUACAUGUACGAUGAGUCUGGCAAUGCGUACCUUGACUGCAUCAACAACGUUGCCCACGUGGGCCACUGCCACCCGCAUGUGGUCAAGGCUGGCGCCGAGCAGAUGGCAUUGCUUAGCACCAACAGCCGCUACCUGCAUGACCACCUGGUGCUCUACGCUCAGCGGCUCACAAACUACUUCCCAAACAAGCUCUCCGUCUGCUAUUUUGUUAAUUCAGGGUCCGAGGCAAAUGACCUUGCUAUGAGGCUGGCAAAAUGUUACACAAAGAACAAAGACAUCAUUUGCCUUGACAGUGCUUACCAUGGCCACCUGCAGUCCACCACGGCCAUCAGUCCAUACAAAUUCAACCACAUCAUUGGCUGGCAGAAGAAAAAAUCUGUACAUGUGGCUCCCCUGCCAUGCACUUACCGGGGCAAGUACCGUGACUGUGACUACCCACCUGGCACUGACCUGGGUCUGAUGUAUGCCCAAGAAGUUCUCAACCUGAUUGAUCGGGCCCACUCAGAUGGUCGCCGCAUUGCUGCCUUCAUCCACGAGUCGCUUGUCAGCUGUGGUGGGCAGUUUCCUUUGCCCAAGAACUAUCUGCGCAAUGUCUACCAGUACGUUCGAGAAGCUGGUGGCGUCUGCAUCGCUGAUGAAGUCCAAACUGGAUUCGGGCGUGUUGGAGAGCACAUGUGGGGCUUCCAGCUUCAGGGGGAAGACAUCUGCCCUGACAUUGUAACCCUGGGCAAACCAAUUGGCAAUGGCCAUCCAAUUGCCAUGGUGGUGACUACGAAAGAAGUCUCAAGCAGAUUCGAAGCUCAAGGUGUCGAGUACUUCAACACAUAUGGUGGUAAUCCAGUGUCCGUGGCAGUGGCUUCUGCAGUGUUGGACGUCAUUGAAAAUGAGAAGCUGCAGCAACACGCCAAGGAAGUGGGUGCCUACCUCCUGGCCUCGCUGCGAGAGCUUCAACAGAGGCAUCCCCUCAUCGGUGAUGUCCGGGGUCGUGGACUUUUUGUGGGUGUGGAACUAGUCCUUGAUCGAGAGACAAGGGAGCCUGCUGGAGAACAAGCCAGUGUGCUCUCUCUCAGGCUCAAGCAAGAUGGUGUGCUGCUGAGCACAGAAGGCAAGUACGGCAAUGUGCUCAAGUUCAAGCCACCCAUGGUGUUCAACCGUGACAAUGUGGACACUGUUGUAUCGAAGCUUGACAUUCUGCUUACGAAGAUUGAAGAUGAGUGUGUGGACUUGCGCUACAACUUUGCCAAUGUGGCACGGUCGCUUGCCAGCAGUGCGGAGUCGCUCUCUACAGCCUCGUCAAUCGACUCGCUUGAGGAGAGCUCCGAGGAAGAUGUGUCGUCCUCCUCUUAGGGUCUGCCUUGGGAAUACCUUUACAGCAGAGAAACGAGUAGCUUCCUUUUUUUUUUUCUGCACAGCCGCUUUUCAAUCGAGUGUCCUUGUCUGUAAUCUGUUCUACGUGUGUAUUUGCAAAUUUGAUUAUUUUGAUGCUAUGAUUUGCACCCUUGUUUCUAAGCUAGCACACAAGAAAAAGAUUGCUUCUUGAGAAAUGAGAGCAGGGUUUACUUAAACCAGAUGCUAUUUUUGUUGAUAUCUUGGCAGUUCAUUUAUCUGUGGUAUCUUCCUAAAAAAAAUUGUCAUCAUUGCUGUGUACUUUGCUCAAGUUUCCUUAGUUUAUUUCUUUGCCCUAGACUGCCAUUGCAGAGACUGUGAAUGCAUAUAUAGGCAUUGCUGUUUGUAUUUUGACAUGGUUAGUAACAUGGCAAUGUCCUUGCUUUUGCCAGUACAAAUAUGUAGCUUUCUCUGCCACCCUCUGGGUGGCAAUCAUGUACGUCAUAGAUAGAAGUUAAGGGGGUGUUGCUUACAAGAAUUGCCACUUGGUCAACAUUUUUGCUAAUAUUUCAAGCUAGUGAAACAGUCUGCAUUGAAGUGCCCCUGUUGUCUUCCACUUGCCAUAGUUUAACUGUGCAAGAAAAAAAAGGAACCCCCCCCCCCCCUUUUUUUUUCGGUGGGUCACAAGGACACUGAUAUUGCCAAAGUAACAAGUUUUCUAGUUUAUGUGCAAGUAAAUGCUCUAUUUGGAAGUGGUUGUGCAAAUAUGAUGCUCGAUCUUGAGUAGUCAUAUUUUAGCUGUCACCUUUGACGUACUAGCCUCAAGGCUUUGUUUUAUUCUUUGGUGUACCGGGUGCAAUGCCUUGCUAAUUUAUUUGUUUUCCUUCAGAGUGCUUAAUGUGCAUCAUCCUCUGGAGUUCAAUUUUUAUUGACUGGUAUCCAGUUGUCAUUUCACAUAUGUAUCAAUCUUGUCUUGAAGAGGGGCAUCACCUGUCCUUUCUUUCAGCUGUGCUUAUUCAUUGGAGCCUAAGUAUUGCAUGUUGCAGUGUUGUGAUCUGUUCAUAUGUUGUGCUCAGCUUUUGUCUCCUACCACAUGCGAGUGUCCUAGGCUGGAGGCAGCAACUGAUAAGCUUCAUUCUCCACAGUCCUCAUCACCUGAUGUCACCAGCUCAUGGCUGCUGUCGAGUGGCAUUGUGUUGGUUUCACGAGACUUCUUUCGACUCUGUAACAUGUAGGGGUGUGUGAAUAUUCCAAACUUUCGAAGAAUUAAUCGAAUAGGGACCAAUUCAAUUCAAUCUUCAAAUUGAAUAGUCUCUAUUCAUAAAUGCAGAUAUUUUUCGAAUACUUUUAGAAUAUUUCCGAACGUCAACUGCACCUAAAAUACUGGGAUAGGAACAUCAUUUUCUAUUAAUUGCGAUAAUAGCUAUGAAUUAUUUGAAAGCUAUUUGAAAACUGUUCAAUUUGCUUCUGGUACUGUUAGAUAGUCUCAAAUUUUUAUUCGCACACCCCUCAUAAUAUGUCACUGCCAUAUAUUUUGAGCAGGGCAGAUGGCAAUGCUUGUAGCUUUCUCAUCACUCACUGUGGGGGUCUGCCUGCCUGCUCUCGGCCCACUCUAUGGGGUGAGGCAAGGAGGGUGGGUUCUUUCUGUAUAUUGUCUUCUUGCUGAUAAUUCCAGUCUUCCAUAGUUUCUUUUUGCUCCACUAUACAGUGUCUUCUGCAUGUGUUUUAAUGUAUGCAAACUAAAUGGCAGGCUUGAUGCCAUUCCUUAUACAUAUAUAUAUAUACUGUUAGAAUGACUUCCUGCAAUAAACAGAACCUAUAAUUCUGUCAA